AAUCCAAAGUAAAACUCAACCCGCUGUGGUGAUCUCUAAGGACAAAGGAGUAACAAAAAGUGGCUUUGGUAUUCUGGGGUUUGCCAUACACGGACUCAAAUAAGUGCAACGCCGUCCAUCCGUCUCCUAGCAACAAACCUUUUUCACCUAGACGCACAGCAUGGCAAAAUUUGUACUCGCCGGAAAAACAGACUGCCCUUAUUAUGCCAAAGCAGAGCUUUUAGCAGACACCCUCCAGCAGUGUUUGCCAGACUUCAAGAUCCAUAAGAUCUCCAUCCUCCCAGAUGAAUGGAAGGAAUGGCUGGGGGCCACGUGUGAAAAAAAUAACUGGAAACAUGAGGGCUCCCCUUUGGUUUGGAGGGAACUAGUGGAGCAAGGGGGCAAAGGGAUGCUCUUGGGGGGCUUCAAUGACUUCCUAGAGCACUGCCAGGAUUACUACGGCAUCACGUCAGACAUGACCACAAAUGUGAUGCUGAGUGUUGCAGCAGAGAAUCUGGAGGCCAAAAUGAAUCUCAUCAAAGAAGAGCAGCAUCGCGCCAGUCUUAUUCAACCACUUCAUGUUUGGAUAACUGGUGCUCUCAACCCAACAUGCCAAGUCCUGAUCCCCAGUCUGCUCUCCCCCGAGGUGUUUCCCAACGUUUCUGCAAUCAGCCUCCACCUGCUGGACCUGGAGGGAAACGAGGAGCAGUUACAGAGCCUGAUGUUGGAGAUCGAGGAGCUGGCAAUCAGCAUGCUCCACCAGGUGACUACUGGCACAGAUCUGGAGCGAGCCUUCAGGAAGGCGGAUGUCAUCCUCCUUCUAGAUGACGGUGGGCACGAUGGAGAAAAUGAGGGUGAGGAAGUAAAGAAGAAGAAGGUAAAGGUGAUCUCAGAGCGCUACAAAGAAUACGGGCAACUGAUCGAUGCAACAGCCAAGGAGACGGUGAAGGUGAUCGUGUCCGGCGACUCGUUUCUCAACCUGAGGUGCUCGCUUCUUGUGGACAGUGCACGCUCCAUCGACAGCCACCAGUUUAUCGCUGCUGCAGCUCAACUGGAAAACGAAGCCAAGGCUGUACUUGGGAUUAAGAUGAGAAUGAGGCCGUCAGAUAUUACAGAUGUAAUAGUGUGGGGAAACAUCAGCGGUACUUUCUACAUUGACCUGCAGAGGGCAAAAGUUUUCAACCAUGAUGGGCCAAUCACAGGACCAGCUUUCUUUUCCCAGCUACUUCUAAGCAUUUUUCCUGACAGGAAAUGGUUGGAAACAGACUUUCAGCACUUGGUACGCAGGCGGCGUCUAGCUGUGACUUCAAAGACAGGCCAAGCAGCCGCCACAUCAGCUGCCAAUGGGAUCCUCACUGUCUUGAAAGCUUGGAAUGGUGCUAGUGAUCCAGAUGUUCUGUCUUUGGGUGUAGCUUGCCCAGGGCAUUACAGUCUCCCUGAUGGCAUUGUCUUCUCAGUUCCAUUAACCUUCACAGAUGGCAAAUGGUCAGUAGUGUCUGAGUUGACUGUUGAAAAUGAGCUCAAGUACAGGCUUGAGCUCUCAGCAAGUGAACUGCAGCAGGAAAAGCAGUUUGGAUCAGACAGCGGCACAACUGAAUAAAGCUGUUGUUUAAAGCAAGCAUGCUCAUUUCCACGUCUAUAUUUUAUAUUUUUAUCUCGGGACUUUUCAUCAUUCAAAUGUUUUUUUUAAAUCCAUGUUUACAUUAUCUUGGCCCUUGGUUUUUCUCUCUGAAACAAGCUGUUUUAGCUCAUUUUCUUCAAAUAUUCUGGCAAAUCAGUUAGCUAGUAAGCCCCGCCCACUUUGACCACCAAAUAGGGAAAUCUGUGUAAAGCUUACAUCAUCGUGGCACAACAGUAAGUGAAUUCAGAGCAGUCUGAAACCAGACCUUUGGCUUCAAGCAACUCCUUUUACAUAUGCUUUGACUAUGUUGUUUAUGAAUAUGAUUCUCCUGUAAUCAUAAAGCAAGCUCUUGCAUAUAUACAGUACUGUGCAAAAGUCUUGAGCCAACCCAAAUUUCUUUAUAAAAUAUAUAUCUGUGUAUUAUUUAUUUCCCCAAAGGGGCCAGAGUUUCUUCAGCACUAGUAUUUUUGCACCAACAAUGUGAUUCCCAAAGGAAUAUUAGCCAAAAACAUGGCAUAACUUGAGGAAAAUGUAAAAUUUCUUUCAAAUAUUUGAGGAAACUCGAUAAGUGAAUGACAAAAGGAAGAAGUGACAGGCAUAACAAAUAUCUACAGGCGAUGAACAGUACCAUAACCUUAAGAAAUAGGAAAAAUCAAGCAAUGACCUGCAGAAAUACAUCUGGCUCUUCAGUCCAAAACAUCUACUGUUCACUGAAGCCUCAUCAGAAAUGUCUCAGUGGAAGGCCGGCCUCAUUAAGCCAUUCUUAGUAAUGAGAAACAGGUGGAAAGGAUGAGGUAUGCCACAUUACACAAGAACUGGACUGAAAAUCAGUGGCAACAGGUCUGAUAGAGUGAUGAAUCCAAAUGUGGAAUUAUGGUAAAAAUGAUCAAUAAUAUAUACUUAAGGUCACAACAAUGAGUGUUUACACUUAUCUGUAAAACACAGCGGAGGUUCUGUCAUGGUUUGGGCUGCAUUUCGGCCAGUGGUGUUUGAAAGCUUGUUAGAAAUUUUGGAAUUAUGAACGCAGAAAACUAUCAUGAGAUUUUGAUCCACCAUGCAAUACCAUCUGGAAAGUAUCCGAUUAGCGAAAACAGCUUCAUUUUUCAGCGUGACAAUGAUCCCAAACUUGGAUCGGCCUCCCCAGAGCCAUGACGUCAACAUUGCUGAAGCAGGAUGGGAUCAUCUUGGUGACAAAUGGAAGUGCUUUGAAUGUCCUCCAUUGGAGAACUAUUCCUGAAGACUAAAGAAAUA